AUGACUACUUUUAGUGAAGACGACAAUGAUCGCUUUCUACAGUUGAUGAGCAAAUUGGAAGAUGGUCCUAAACGAUUUCAGAUGGUUAGUAAAGAAAUGUCAGACUACACGCCUGAACAACUCUCAAACCAUUGGAAUGAUUAUCUUGACCCUGAAUUAUCCUACAGAAAUUUCUUAACCAUUGAUGAAAAACGAUUUAUUAUCAAUAUGGCUCCAUAUUAUAACAAAUCAACCGCAAUACGUGAUAAAGUGUGUUGGAAAGAGUUAAGGAAUGAUUUGCGAAUGAAGUACGGCCAUCUUCACCCAAUUAAAAGGAUUAGAAAUGUUUGGUAUAAUAGAAAAAAACGCUACUACAGAGCUGCAAGGGCUGCAAAAAAGACCGCCAAAACUGCAAGUGACACCGUCGAUCCUCCUUCUAUCGAUCUAGAUGUUACUUCCCGAAUUUCUAUUGCUUCUCUUUUGAAUCCUUGA